UUUAUGGACUCAACAAAAGAAGAACCUGUUCAACCUACUUUAGAAGAAGACACUACGUCUGAGGAACAAGGUACUGAAGCACAAAAGACCUUGGACGCACUUGAAGCUAUACCCGAAGUUAUGGAAAAGCUUGCAGACGAUAAUACACAAUAUGAUUUGCAUGUACAACUAAUUGAUCUUUUAAAAAAAGCGGGCCUUCAGGAUGAACUUGAACAGGCUCGGAUGAAUAUGCAUGAUAUUUAUCCUAUGAGUGAAGCUUUAUGGUUGGAUUGGAUACAAGACACGAAAAAAGAAGCAAACACAGUAGAAGGAAAGACAAAACUAUUCCAAUUGCACAGCUUAGCACAAGAAGACUAUGUGUCCAUCACAAUUUGGAAAGAUUAUGUUGAUUUUGUUCUUGAGGAUUUCUAUCAAGGGUUCACAGAUGAUAUCACAACACUUGACGAAACAGUAGAAGACUAUAUUGAUAACAUACGUCAAGAUCUCUUGACAGCCGUCAGAGCCACAUCUUCCCAUGUCAAGCAAAGUCAAAUGGUUUGGAAACCUUAUUCUGAAUUUGAGCUCUCUAUUCUCGAGCGAUUUAAGCAAGAUGAAGACCAACUACGUCGUGUCAAAAAGAUGUAUCUAGAUCGAUUGGCUGUACUUCACAUUGACUGUGAAGAUACAUUUCAAGCUUAUUCUAGUUUUGUAACCCAGUAUCAUAAUCAAGAGUACGAAGCAAGUAUGGUAGAAGCCAAUAAGAUUUAUGCCAAGAUCAAGAAAGCAGCAGAAGAAAGAGAUUAUUACGAAUUGCAGUUGACAUCCACAGGUUAUGCUUUGGACGCAUUUUAUCAAUACAUUGACUAUGAAUUGACGACCAAGAACAUGUUUGCAUUAAACCAUGUUCGAUCUCUUUAUGAAAGAGCCAUUGUGUACUAUUGUACAGAUCCUAGUUUAUGGGAUGAUUACAUUUUAUUCUUGAUUGAGCGUGCUAGAAUACAAGCUUAUCUAGAGACAACAUGUACAAGAGCAGUGCGUAAUUGUCCCUGGUCUGGUAUAUUAUGGGCUCAUUUAGCAAGAACGUAUGAAUCAGGCAAUAAAUCCACAGACCAAAUACAGAAUAUAUUUGAUCGUGCCCUAGCCUCGAAACCGGUUUUAUCAAGCAUAGAAGACUUGGUGACUGUCUUGUUGGCUAAAUGUGAUUAUGCCAGAAGAAAGAUCGAUUGGGAAGACUUGGACGAAGAAGCCAUUAUCGAUUUAAAAGUAGCCUUUGAAGAAAGUUUAGAAUAUGUGACAGAAGCGUUUCCUGAUUCAGGAGACCCAUAUUAUCGGAUCGAAAAAUACUAUGCUUUUAUUUCGCUCAAGCGAUUUGGGGAUGUAGAGAAAGCAAGAGAACUCUGGGAAGAUGUGGUUGACCGACAUGGUUUAGAUACAGAAGCAUGGAUUCAGUUUAUUCAGUUUGAACGUGAUCAAGGCAAUUAUGAACGUUGUACAAGCUUAUUUAAACAGGCAAUACAAAAGAAAAUUGAUAAUCCUGCACGACUGAUGGAUAUAUGGAGUACAAUCGAACAUGAAAUUGGCACAUUAGGGUCAUAUGAAGAGGCGCUCGUUCGCAUCAAUCGUAAACAAAAGAUUCUCUCAAGACAAUGGCAGUCACAGUAUGUCAAGGAAGAAGAUACACAAGAAAAGAAGAUUAUGGAUAGAGAAAAAGAAGAGUGCGCAUCGAAUUGCUCAAAAACAAAGAGCAAAAGAGAAAAAGCAAAGUGAAUUCAAGAAGCCCAUUGAAAAAGUACUCAAGAAACAAGCAAAGCCAGAACAACUAGAACAACAAGUGACAGAACAACCAACAGUCAAUCCUCUCAAGAGAAAACUGUCUGCAGAAGAUGAAAGCGAAACCAAGAAAUCGAAAUUGAAUGAAGGUGAAAAUGAAUUUGAGAAGUCAAAACUGAAUGAAGGUGAAAAUGAAUUCGAGAAGUCAAAACUGAAUGAACCCCCCAAACCUUCAUUUCAACCAAGACCUCGUUCGACCAGACCGAAUACAAACAUCAGAAGAGGAAAAUCACUUAAAUUAGGUCAAAGAUCAGUCAAUCGAAAUGAUGUUGAGAAACUUCAUUCUGAUAAAAAACAAGAUACAGGUGACAGCAAGAGUAAUGAUGAUUUCCGUGCCAUGUUAUUAGGCAAGAAAUAAAAAUUUUUCUUCUUCUUUUUAUAUAUA